AUGGCUUUGCUUCGUUAUCCUUGUUUCCUCACAGAACAAGUUCAUCUAACGCCUCUACUGUCUCUGCAAAACCCACAACACCUCUCCAAGCACACACCAACCACUCUCUCUCUUUCUGGGUCUAUUUCCUCACUCUCUCUUUCUCUCCCACACACCCACAUUCGCUCAUCCUUCAUAACUCGGUCCAAAAGGCUGAGCAACUUCAUUUUCCAAUUCUCCUCUACUGCUCAAGAACAAGCUCUUGAUGAAAGCCCAGUGCUGGAGUCAGAGCCCGAAGAGUUCUCUGAUACAAGAUUGCUUGCCCAAAAUGUGCCUUGGACUUGUACCCCAGAAGACAUUCGUACUCUGUUCGAGAAGUACGGCACCGUCGUUGACGUUGAGCUUGCCAUGUAUAACAAGACCAGAAACAGGGGUUUGGCAUUUGUAACAAUGGGUUCACCGGAGGAGGCUCUUGCGGCUCUCAACAAUCUCGAAUCUUCUGAAAUGGAGGGUCGUAUUAUAAAGAUGGCUUAUGCCAAGCCGAAAAAGACAAAGAUUCCCCCUCCUUCUUCGCAAUCCAAGCCAGUAACUUUCAAUUUGUAUGUGGAAAAUUUGCCAUACGAAGCAAGGUCUAAAGAUCUCAAGGAGCUUUUUAAUUCAGAGGAUUGUAGUGUUGUUACCGCGGAAGUUGUAUUCCAAGGUAAUCCGAGAAGGUCCGCAGGAUAUGGAUUUGUGGGCUUCAAAUCUAAGAAAGAGGCUGAGGCAGCCCUUUCUGCUUUCCACGGGAAGUUGCUUAUGGGAAGACGAAUUCGUGUGGCACGUGGUAAACAAUUUGUUAAAGUACCAAAAGAAGAGAGUUCACAGUUGGGUGAUGAAUCUACUGAAUUGAAUUCUACUGUCGAGCAAGUGAACACAGAUGUCAAUGAUACAAAGUGA